UCCCGCUCUCCCUUGCUACCUGGUCGCAGCGCCAGGGUUCCGUCGUCGCCCUCCUCCGUCCCUUCUGCUGCUGAGUUGUAGCCGUGGCUGGGUUUUUGACCGCUCCAGCCCUUCUGUCUUGUUUCGCCGCCAGCUCUCCUGGCUCAGUGCGGAGUUCUUCGUAGCCACUGAGGAUGAGCUUUGUCGCCUUGCAGCGCGCGUCCCGUUGUGGCCGUCUGAGCCCAUUCAUCUAGCAACUGGUCUCCUUUGCAAUUAUGGAGAUCUAAAAGGACUCGAAAGUGUGGAGGGGGAAUCCCCCUCCCCGCUCCUUUGUUUGCCUUCUGGAAAAGUUUUUCUUCCUGGACAAUUUUACAAUAUUUUGUAGAUAAAGAAAUGAAGACUUGAAAUAUAAAUUUAUAUUGAUGAAAAUAUUUAUUUUUUUAAGUGCCAAGCCUUAACAGCACAAUGAUUCCCAUGGCAGCUGUAUGAAACGUAAUUCAAUAGCUGGAAAUCAUGAACUUGUGAAGAAGAAGCAGCAGCAGCAGCAGCGAAAGCAGGACUCCUUGGGGUGUUUACAAGGGCUUCUCUUACAGAAGGGAGCAGUUUAGGAAAGCCUAAGAUGAGUUGCCUGCCUGACUGUACCUUGAAGUGUCGCUCGCUGCAGCAUGCUUUGGAUAUUGUUUCUGUAGUGACCCGAGGAAGUGAAGGCCAGAUCAAGGCCUUUCUUACGUCUCACUGCUACAAUGCUGCCACGAGCAAGGAUAUCUUUGGUAGGAAUGCCCUCCAUCUUGCCUCCUCCUGUGGUAAGAAAGGUGUACUUGACUGGCUGGCAGAAACGAAUGGAGUGGAUUUGUUGGCAAAAGAUAAGGAGUCAGGAUGGACAGCUUUGCACAGAGGCAUCUUCUAUGGGCAUAUAGAUUGUGCAUGGUCUCUGCUGAAGCAUGGAGUGAACUUGUAUUUGCAGGAUAAAGAAGGCUUGUCUGCUUUGGAUCUUGUAAUGAAGGACAGACCAGCCCAUGUCACUUUCACAAAAACUGAUCCUACAGAUGUCUACACUUGGGGAAACAACAUAAAUUUUACUUUGGGACAUGGUAGUCAACAGAGUAAACAUCAUCCUGAGUUGCUGGAUCUCUUUCCCAGGAAUGGUGUUAAUGUCAAGCAGGUGGUGCUCUGUAAAUUUCACUCCGUGUUUCUUUCCCAGAAAGGACACGUUUACACCUGUGGGCAUGGUCAAGGAGGACGCUUGGGUCAUGGUGAUGAACAGACUUGCUUGGUUCCCAGACUGGUGGAAAGCCUGAUAGUUCAUCAUUGUUCUCAGGUGGCAGCAGCUAAAGAUCAUACCGUUGUGCUAACAGAAGAUGGAUGUGUGUAUACUUUUGGCCUGAAUACUUUUCAUCAGCUGGGCAUUCUUCCACCUCCUGCCAACUGCAGUGUUCCAAGACAGGUUCAAGCAAAAAAUCUUAAAGGAAGACUGGUGAUUGGUGUGGCUGCAGGCAGGUUUCAUACAGUACUGUGGACCAAAGAAGCAGUGUAUACAAUGGGACUGAAUGGUGGGCAGCUAGGAUACUUGCUAGAUCCUAAUGGGGAGAAGUGUGUAACGGCUCCUCGCCAAGUCUCGGCUCUGCACCACAAGGACAUUGUUAUCUUUUUUGUCACUGCGAGUGAUGGUGGCACCGUUUGUGUUACUGAAAGAGGAGAUAUCUAUUUGCUUACUGACUAUCAGUGCAAGAAGAUUGCUUCCAAGCAGCUAAACCUAAGAAAGGUGAUUGUUAGUGGAGGAUAUUUGGAUUAUAGAGUGGCUCCUCAACACCUUAAGGAAAAUGGAGGUCAGAGGAUUUGCAUUCUUGCUCUGGAUCAUGCUGGAAGAGUGUUUUGCUGGAAAUCUGCCAACAGUCCUAUGAAGCAGUGCCGAUGGGUCUAUGGCCGCCAAGUCUACAUGUCAGAUAUUUGUUUAAAUAGGAAUGAAAUGAUGUUUGUUACCCAAGAUGGUGAAGCUUUCAAAGGAAAGUGGAUGGAUGGGAAUAAAAAUUCAGAAAAGAAAGAGAUUGUGUCAAACCUUCAGAAUUCCUCCAAUGAUGUUUCAUCUUGUGAUAUGAACAAUGUAUAUGAACGAAUACGACUUGAGAAGCUUACUUUUGUUCACAGAGCUGUCAGUGUUACCACGGAUCCUAAUGGUUGUAACUUUGCUGUUUUACAGUCAGAUCCUAAAACAAGCCUCUAUGAAAUUCCAAGUGUGUCGAUGUCUAACUUUGCUGAAGAUUUUAGUAAAUUGCUUGGGGAAGCAGAAGUUAUGGACACCAUCCAUGAUGUGACUUUUCAGGUUGGCACCAGGAUUUUUCCUGUGCACAAGUAUAUUUUGGCAAUGCGCUCUGAUUUUUUCCGGAAGCUCUUUGUUUCAGAUCAUAAUUGGCUAGAUCCUGCUGAUCUUUAUCGCAAAGCUGAAGAUGAUGUUGGUUGUGAUCUCUUUGUAAUUGAAAAACUUCACCCAGACUUGUUUAUGUACCUUCUACAGUACAUUUACACAGACUCAUGUGAUCUCCUAAUUCAUGGUCACAGGCCCAAAAUGAUAUACAAAGAAAAAACAGAAGAGAAUCAAGACACCUUAAUGACAAACCUGAAUAAAAUAACUUUUAAUGGAGAUAUUAAUAAAAAGUCUGCGCUUGAGGUUUACAGAAGUAAUCAAGCACACAUGGUAGCUGAAAAAAAGAAGAGCAAACCCAAGUCUGCUUCUAAGAAAUGCAAAGGUGUUGGGGAGGAAGUGAAUCUCAUUAAAAUGUUGCAGGUUGCUGCAAAGAAGUAUGGACUUGCCAACUUAAGCUCAAGGUUAGAUGGAGUCAGGAUAGAAAAUGGAAGAAUCAAUGUUGUCAACAGAAAAAAUGGCAAUAAACCAAAGCUAAACCAGAAAAAAUGUUCAUACCUCUGUGAUGUGACCAUGAAGUCCAUAGAUGGAGAGGAAUUUCCAUGUCACAAAUGUGUUCUCUGCGCUAGACUUGACUACUUUCGUAGCAUGCUAAGCAGCUCCUGGAUUGAGGCAUCAUGUUGUGCAGCUCUGGAAAUGCCAUUCCCCUCUGACAUUCUGCAGGUCAUUCUGGAUUAUAUUUACACUGAUGAAGCUCUUACAAUAAAAGAAUCACAAAAUGUGGAAUUCAUAUGCAAUGUUCUUGUGGUAGCAGACCAGCUCCUUAUGUCACGACUGAAAGAAAUAUGUGAAGUAGUGAUUACGGAAAAACUUACUUUAAAGAAUGCUGCUGAGCUGCUGGAAUUUGCAGCAAUGUAUAACGCUGAACAGUUGAAACAGUCUUGCCUGCAAUUCAUAGUACUAAAUAUGGCAGCUAUACUUGAAACAAGGGCUCUGGAUGUUUUAAGUGGAGAUGUUCUGAAGGACCUUUCUGUUUCUUACAGAAAAACUAUUCCAGCUAUGGUCAGGAGAGUUAUUACUCCGUACCAAGGUGGACCUGAUAUUAGUUCUUUGGAGCCAGAGGAAGGAGAAACCUUUGUCUUCCUGAAAGAAGAACUAAGUACAGAGCAAGCUACUCAGGAAGCUCUUCUGAAAAAAGCAAAGGCUAAAAAGAAGCCUCGAAGACGGUCAGACAGUUCAGGAGGGUAUAACUUAUCAGAUAUUAUACAGAGUCCACCUUUGACAGGGAUAUUGAAACUGGAUAAAACUAACUCUGUUGAAUCUCUUCCUGAAAUGCUAACAUCAGAUUCUGAAGGUAGCUAUGUGGGAGUGAACAGUCCUAGAGAUUUGCAAUCUCCUGACUUUACAGCAGGAUUCCAUGCAGAUAAGAUUGAGGUGAAAGAAAAAAUGUGUCUUUCCAGUACAGUCAUUCAACAUGCCAAUAAAGAGGUGAAAAUAUGCGAGGGAACACCCACACAAAAAAUAUCUCCUCCAUGGUGUAUUCCUAGUAACAGAAGCACCUCAGCAAGCUCUUCCAACUCAGUUAUUGGCUCUUUUAGUCCUUCCAGUCCUCCUGCUAUGGAUUUAAGAACUAUUAUGGAAAUUGAAGAAAACAUGCAAAAAUGUGGAACCAUGCCAAAGAUAAAUUCAGGCAGACCCACUUCUCAUGGAAGUAAGCUUUCUCAGAAGCAAAGGAAACUGAUUGCCAUGGCUGCUAAGGACAACAGCCCAGAGAUUGUGCCAGAUGCAACCAUGCAACCACCGACACCUCCAAAAGCUACAAAACUGGGGAGUGCAUGGGUUCCUUCGUUGCAUUCUGCUUUGCCAAAAUCAUUCCGUGAUCUCCUUGCAGAAGAAGAAGAGCCUGUUGCUACAGGUUCCAGUUCUAGAAAGGUUGGGGUUAAAGGGAUUGAGGAUGUACAGACUCAAAAGUCUCUAAGAUGCACAACUGCCACUGCUCUUUGGGCAGCUAAUGAGCAUUCUUGUGCACCAACACAGUCGGAGAGUCAAAAUCCUUGGUUAGCAGCAUCGUUGACAAGUCCAGCUGCAGCAAUGCCCGUCACAUUUGCAAAAAUUGUAGAGGAGGAGCUCCAGCAAGAAGCUGCUCUUAUCCGAAGUAGAGAGAAACCUCUAGCUUUGAUCCAGAUCGAAGAACGUGCUAUUCAGGAUCUGUUAAUCCACUAUCAAGCCUUUGGCAACCCUGAUGAAUUUGUUGUUGUUGAAAGGUCUCCACAAGGGCCAAUAGCAGCUCCAAUGUGGAACAAGCAUUGAUGCAGACUCUUUGGAUUUUGUGACUGUGUAUGUACCACACAAAUGUAGGACUGUCUGUCAUUAGUAUGCAUCUGGUACUAGAAUGACGAUGAGGAUAUUAAAGUGUGUCUGUAUCUUUUCAACUACAUUACUAGAUUUGGCUCCUUCACAGCAUAACUUCCAUAAGGCUGGAGUUAAAGAUGACAUUUGCUUAAGUUUUAAAUAGGGCUAAAAGACUCUUGUGUGUCCGUUAGUAAAAGAUACAAAACAAGGCAUUGCUUCUCCAGUUAACAAGAACUCUCAUAAUCAUGCAUAAAGUUUGAAUUAACCAGAAUUAUCCAAAAGUUUGAUUUCCUGCAAAUGUUCACGUUUUGUGUGUGAUAACAACAAAACCCAAUACUUCCUAUUGAAGCAGUAGCAUCCAACUCUGGACUGUGUGGGUGUGCGUAUGUGUGCUCGUUCUCUGCUCUUCUGGACAGUACUCCCAGCCUUCAUGCCUUACAUAUGUGACAAGCCUUUGUGCUAGAGGAGAGUUUUGUUUUGGUCUGUAUUAUUAUGAGAGCACCUCAGAAGAGCCCAAACAUCUCAUAUCAGCUCCACAAUAGCCAACAGGAAGGAGAGGUACCUCUUGGCUCACAUUUGGCAAAGUGGGAUGGGGGAAGCGCAACAUGCUGAACUGCAGAAUAUUUCAGGAAAAGAUCAAGCUAUUCAUUAAACAUUAAAGCUCCACAAAUGAAUGACAAUUGCAUUUAAUUGUACACUUAGCACUUGGUAUUGUUUCCCUCCAGUAACUGUAUGUUCAAGAACCUGUUUCUGAUUGUGGAUGGCUUUGUUGUUGUCAGACUUAUAAAAGAUUGUUUGUAUAACAAAAUAACAUACUGCUUGCUCUGGUGCUUUUUGGGAUGAGGGAGAGAAGCUUAUAGUUGGAUUUAUCUAUUUAAAUAAUCUCAGCAUUUUAUCCAUUUUGGACAGUCUGGAGCUACAAUUUACCCAAAUGAGUAUUCAUGGUACUGUGAGGAAAUGAUCGAUGUUUACAUCAAAUGUAGUUGGCUUUGGCUUGAACAACAAAAGUUACUCUGUAUGCAGAACUUUAGUAAAGGAUAAAGUGAUGGAGCAGCAUAACUUGCUACAGGAAACAGAAAUUAUAAGUGUAUUUUUGGGUCUCAACAUUUCAUUUUGGAUAGGAAAAUAAAAAUUAGCAACUAUGGAAAGAUAA